AUUCUCGUGGCUGUCAAGAUGAAGUCUCUACUUUUUCUGGUGCUGAUUUCUCUCUCCUGGGCUGAUGAUCUUACUGACAACUACACUCUGGAGCAUGACAGAAUUAUCCACAUCCAAGCAGAAAAUGGUCCCCGUCUACUGGUGGAAGCAGAGCAGGCAAAAGUCUUCUCACACCGGGGUGGCAACGUCACACUGCCAUGUAAAUUUUACCGCGACCCCUCAACAAUUGGCUCAGGAACCCACAAAAUCCGAGUCAAGUGGACCAAGCUCACUUCAGAUUACCUCAAGGAAAUAGAUGUUUUUGUUUCCAUGGGAUACCACAAGAAAACGUACGGCAGCUACCAGGGAAGAGUAUUUCUGAACAGAGGCAGUGACAACGAUGCCUCCCUUGUAAUCACUGAUAUCACCCUGGAGGAUUAUGGGAGAUACAAAUGUGAGGUGAUUGAAGGAUUAGAAGACGGUACAGCAGUUGUAGCCUUGGAUCUACAAGGUGUGGUCUUCCCUUACUUUCCACGACUAGGACGCUACAAUCUCAAUUUCCAUGAGGCUCAACAGGCUUGUCUGGACCAGGACUCUGUGAUUGCCUCUUUCGACCAACUCUAUGAUGCUUGGAGGGCAGGGCUGGACUGGUGUAAUGCUGGCUGGCUCAGUGAUGGAUCUGUGCAGUAUCCCAUCACUAAACCUAGAGAACCCUGUGGAGGGAGAAACACAGUGCCCGGUGUCAGGAAUUACGGAUUUUGGGAUAAAGAUAAAAGCAGAUAUGAUGUAUUCUGUUUUACAUCCAACUUCAACGGUCGCUUUUACUACCUAAUACACCCAACCAAGCUGACCUACGAUGAAGCGGUGCAGGCUUGUCUCAAUGAUGGUGCUCAGAUUGCUAAAGUGGGCCAGAUGUUUGCUGCCUGGAAACUCCUGGGCUACGACCGAUGCGAUGCAGGCUGGCUGGCCGAUGGCAGCGUUCGUUACCCCAUCUCCCGGCCAAGGAGACGCUGCAGCCCCACCGAAGCUGCCGUGCGCUUCGCGGGCUUCCCCGACAAAAAGCACAAGCUCUACGGUGUCUACUGCUUCAGAGAGUACAACUGAGUGUACCCUAGAGCAUCACCAUUUUAAAGUCAUUCAGAACAUGUGAAAGAUUUCUUUUCAAUAUGAACUCAUGCAAUUUACCAAAACUGUGAUAACCCUUUUUUACUUACUGUAAAAAGUCAUUUUCAUAAAAAAUCCAAUACAUU